UGUGGAGAGAGAGAGAGAGAGAGAGAGAGGGUUUAGGGUUUUAGAAAGAAAGGAGCAGUGGGCAGUGACAGUCUCAGAGAAAUGGCAUCUUCAUCAUCGCGUUGGAGGGCAGUGUUUGGGGGAACGACGACGCUUAUGAGCGCCGCAAAAGAAAAAGCAAAGACGACGACGACUACCAAAGCUCGUUCCAACAUCGGCAUUCAGAAGGUGCUUCAGAUCUCUCCUCAACUCGGCAAAUUCCUCGACGGCGCCACCGAGUCCUCUCGCACCCACGCCGUCAAGAAGGUCUGGGAACACGUCAAGCUCCACCACCUCCAGAACCCUGCAAACAGAAAGGAAAUCUUUUGUGAUGAGAAGCUGAAGUCCAUUUUCGAUGGGAAAGAGAAGGUUCAGUUCCAAGAAAUCGCCAAGUUCCUGUCCAACCAUUUUGUGAAGUCCAGUUAAUGCUUGCCCUUCUGAUGCUCUCUAUAUCAUUGUCUAGUAGUGACUUGAAAGAUCUUUUUGUUUCUUCAUUUUGCUAACCUGUUGAGCUCUGUUUAGAAAACCCAGUUUGACCUACAAUUGGGGAAAUGAUGUGGGAAAAUGUGUGAUAGGUCUUGUAUGUAAAGGAAUCUUGGGUUCACUCUGGUGGCAUUUUGGUUGGUUAACCAUGAAAGCUCUAUGAAUGGAAAAAACUUUAUUUGUUCUUC